CCCCGCCUCCUGUGUCAGGUGCGUGCUCCGGACCGUCCCGAAGCAAGAUGGCGUGGGGCGGCGGGUCUUGCUAACACCGAGCGGCGUCGUCGAGAAAAAGAAAGCUGCGCUUCGAGCUUCUUGGGUGAAUGAUGCGAGUGUGAAAUGUUUUCCGCUCCGACAGUGUGGAUGACAAGACCUGCUCUCUCUAUGCGGACGCGGAGUGAGGAGUUGUGCAGCUGUAGUUAUCACAUGCAUAAACAUUUCUUUAGGACUCCCAGUUCCUGAGUGUUUGUCAAACACACGCUCGGCCUCCGGCUCAGGAGGAAAUGGCAGACUCGCAGCAUCGGCCUUGUGCCGCCGCCGGCAAACCGCCCCAGUCCCAGCCACUGACUCUUUCACGGCUCCGAGAAGAGCAUGGAAAGGUGGUUUCAAGCUGCAAGGAAAAAAUCAAGCACUGGGUUAAAGUGCAGAACGACUAUGAGGCACUGCAAGGCAGGCUUAAAAAUUUGCCUGACAAAGUAUCAUAUGAUGUUAUGGUGCCAUUUGGCCCUCUUGCAUUUAUGCCAGGACAGCUAAUACAUACAAAUGAAGUCAUGGUUUUAUUAGGUGACAAUUGGUUUGCUAAAUGCUCUGCAAAGCAAGCUGUUGGCAUAGUGGAGCACAGGAAAAAACAUGUACAAAAAGCAUUGGAUGAUCUUCGUAAAGCUAUGAAGAACUUUGAAUCCAGGGUCGAGUUCACUGAAAUGGAAAAAUUGGCAAAUGAAGGUUUUGUAGAAAUACGUGAGGAAAUUCUGAAUGAAGAGCGAGAAACUCAAGAUUUAAAUUCAGAAGGGAAACACAGAAAAGCUCAUAAACCUAAAGAAAAUCCCAAACCAAAAGAGGUUUUUGUGUCAGAAUUGGAGAGUGGUGUUGGUGGUGGUGACCGCAAAUCAAGCAUCUUAACCGAGGAGGAGUUGUGGGCCAGGCUUGAUGAGCUGGAACAGCAGGAAGAGAUGCAGGAUGAAAUUUAUAGAAUGUCUGACUCCGCUGAUGGAAAUACUGAAGAAAGUAGUUCCUCUGAAGAAGAGAAAGACAAAAACAUAAAGGUCAACAUAGGUGAGAAGCCUGAUUGGAAGGAUCUUCUUGCUGUUCACGAAAAUGAUGAUUCUGAAGAAACGUCAGAAUUGAGUCCAACUAUUGGCCAUGUUAAUGGCCUGGACCAUAAGCACAAUCAAGAGGACGACGAUGAGGAAGUUACCAGAAAUGAUGAUGAGGAAGUCACCAGAGAUGAUGAGAGUGUCCCAACUAUACACUUCCUACACACAGUGGAACCAAAGAGAGUAAGAAUAAAUACUGGCAAGAACACAACCUUAAAAUUCAGUGAAAAGAAGGAACAGGCCAAGCGAAAAAGGAAAAAUAGCACUGGCAAUGGAAACACCACUCCAGAGCUGCCAAAUAUCAGAACUCCUGCAGAUAUUUACAGAUUGUUUGUUGAUGUUGUAAAUGGAGAAUACGUUCCUCGUAAAUCAAUUUUGAAGUCACGCAGUCGAGAGAACAGUGUAUGCAGUGAUACGAGUGAGAGUAGCACGACAGAAUUUGAAGACAGACGGUGUACGUUACGAUCUCUAAGUCAUGAAGAAGCAAUACACAGUGAUGCUAGUGAAUGCAGCAUUUUGGAGGAGGAAGAAAAUAUUUCUAGUAAACCUCUCCCUUGGCCUAGCUCCUUUGAGGCAUUUUCAGGCACUGUGGUGGAAAAAGAACCUAUCUCGCCUACGUUAAUGCCAUAUCCCACUAUUGCUCAUCCAGUUCUACCUACAAUUCCUGAAAAGAAAGUCUCUGAGGAGGAAAAUUCUCUUGAAACUUCACAAGAACUUCUGAAGAAAGUUUCAAAAUUUAAAGCUGCCAGGAUGCAGCAGAAAAAAUGAAUGUUUUUCAGUACUUGUUGGUUUCAUACUUUGUGAAUGAAACAGGAUCUUUGCACAGUCCAGGUUUACACAAAGUCCUGUUUGAUUUCUUGUUAAAACAUCUUUUAAGAAUUGUGAUUUUUUUUGUACAUUAGGUUAAAUGUUUUCAGCAAAAGAAAUCGGAAUGUGAAACUGAUUUUAUAAAACUUCUACAAUGCAACAUUUUUCUAGCCAUUUUAGGUUUUGUUAAUUUGCCCAUAAAGCAAGUUACAAGGAUGAUACUUUGAAUUUAUUCUCCUUACACUUAAGCUGUGUUUAUUUUGACAUAAUGAAUAAAUUAGAAAAACAACUGCUACAGUUGUCUUCUCAAGCAAAUAUCGUAUUUUGUGUACAACUUUAAGUCUUUGUAAAAGUGUUCACUGGAAAUCAAUCCUUUAUCAGCAUUUGUAGAAUUGUGUUGUGCAU